AUGAGCUCAACUAAUAAGCAGACUUCGGGGUCAGCACCGGCCAACUCAACGGACCCUAUUAAUCCAACCAAUAAUCAGAAUAAUAUUGUCCCACGAGAUGUCAGGUUGUUGCACUUGAUAUUUGCCACACAAGGAAUCCAAAAUUACCAGGAUCACGUACCUUUACAGUUGAUGGAUUUUGCUCAUAGAUAUACGACGUCUGUCUUGAAAGAUGCACUUAUAUACAACGAUCAUGCCAAACCUUUGAACUCGAACACCAACAUUAAUUCGAGUGCCAAUUCUACAGUAAAUACCGAUGACAUAAGGUUGGCCAUAGCUGCAAGGACAAACUAUCAAUUCAAACCUACACCCCCUAAGGAAUUGUUACUAGAGUUAGCCCACGAGAGAAAUUCAAAGCCUUUGCCACCAGUCAUCCCUAAAUGGGGAUUGAAUUUACCACCUGAAAAAUACUGCUUGACCGCUAGAGACUGGGAAAACUUGGAAGACGAAUUCACCGAAGGUGAAAAAGAACCAUCUGAGUCUGCUAAUAAGAAGCUGAGACUAAGAUAA